AUGUCUGCACGCCGGCCCGCAAGCGGUGUCGCGGUGUUCGAGGCGGCGUCUCCCACGAGGACGGAGAGGGGCGCACCCAGCGGGGUUUCACCCAACCGCCCAGCGCCACCAAUCCCGGAAGACCAACCUCCCGGGUCAGACGAGUUCGGUGUGCCAAGAGCUGUGCAUGCUGAGAAGGCCUUUGUUUCGGCUGCUGCGGGCCUGUCAGACGCGGCCGAAGCGAGCGAAGCCAGCCUCGGCCAUGGACUGUGGCACCGGAACCAGCUCGUGCCAGUCAGCCAGCUGGGCGAGCGGAGCUUUUUCUCGCCUCAGAAAUUCGGAGACGCGGGCAGGCGCGUUUGGCCGGUUUUGGAAAAUCGGCGGACGGACCAACGCAUCUUAGCUCUAAAUUGUGCUGCUGCUGCUGCUGCACUGCCAAAAAAGAAUGCGGAUCGACAAACGCAUGCAUCAGAUGCCAGAAGCCUCCUCUCGUCGUCUUGGCCCGGCCCUGGGAUUGCAACCACUCAAAAGGCGUCGUCGAGCCUUGCUCACCCUGUCACCACCACCGUCUCCCUGGCCGUCAUCCGCACCACCAUCCAGUCCCAGCACACACAUCCCGAGACGACCACGAUGGCGCACGGACAGCAGUCGAACCAGUCGGCGUCGUUCAAGGUGGGCGAGACGUACAAGAUUGUGGAUGUGGUGGGCGAGGGCGCGUACGGCGUGGUGUGCUCGGCGAUCCAUGUGCCGUCGAGCUCGCGCGUCGCCAUCAAGAAGAUCACGCCGUUCGACCACUCGAUGUUCUGCCUGCGCACGCUGCGCGAGAUCAAGCUGCUGCGCCACUUUAACCACGAAAACAUCAUCUCGAUCCUCGACAUUGUCAAGCCCGACGACUACGACUCCUUCUCCGAGGUGUACCUCAUCCAGGAACUCAUGGAGACCGACAUGCACCGUGUCAUUCGCACCCAGGAGCUCUCGGACGACCACUGCCAGUACUUUAUCUACCAGACCCUGCGCGGACUCAAGGCGCUCCAUUCGGCACAGGUGCUUCACCGCGACCUCAAGCCGUCCAACUUGCUGCUCAAUGCCAACUGCGAUCUCAAGAUCUGCGACUUUGGCUUGGCUCGCUCGGCCAACCAGCCUGAAGCAGAGGGAACGGGCUUCAUGACCGAGUACGUCGCAACGAGGUGGUACCGCGCACCAGAGAUCAUGCUCACCUUCAAGGAGUACACCAAGGCCAUCGACGUUUGGUCGGUCGGAUGCAUUCUCGCCGAGAUGCUUUCGGGCAAGCCGCUGUUCCCGGGACGCGACUACCACCAUCAGCUGUCGCUCACACUCGAGAUCCUCGGUACACCUUCGCUCGACGACUUCUAUGCGAUCACAUCCACGCGCUCGCGCGACUACAUCCGUGCACUUCCCUUCCGCAAGAAGCGCAACUUUUCACAAAUGUUCCCCAACGCCAACCCGCUGGCGGUGGAUCUGAUGGAGCGAUGCCUCACUUUCAGCCCGCGCAAGAGGAUCACUGUCGAGGAGGCACUGGCGCAUCCCUAUCUCGAACCUUAUCACGAUCCGGAAGACGAACCUACAGCAGAACCUUUGGACCCAAGCUUCUUCGACUUUGACUAUUGCAAGGAACAGCUGUCGCGCUCCGAACUCAAGCGUCUGAUCUACAACGAGAUCAUGCGCUAG